CAGCCUUCGUCUGGGUCGCGUGCGCUGUUUAGUGACGUUCGCGGCUCUUGUUUUUUCUAGCACCUCCGUCAGUAGAGUCGUCAUCGCAGAAAUCAUUUUGUUAUUGUUUGUAUUAAAGAAUUGUUAGUUGAGGACAUACUUCCAAAGAAUGUAGAUCAAUCUAACAUGAAGUAUCAUAACUGGUCAUGAAAAGGUACCGAACACAUUGCAUUUCUUUUAAAGGUAACAAAAAAAGCUGACUUCGUUAAUCUAUUAUGAGCAAAGACCACGCAAGUAAAAUCAUAAAACUAUGACAUUAAAGAGUGCAUUGAGUAAUGACUGAAUAAAUGUAAAAACUUUCAUAGAAAAAUAAAAGAAAUCGUAAUGACCACGUCAUUGAGUCUUUGUAAAAGCGGAGGAAAAUCUAUUGCUGGUGAUGAUUAUUCUUCAACGAUAAAAGAAAAAAAAUCAAUGAUUUCUUCGGAAAAUUUUUAUUGAUUAUUAAAUCUCGUGACUCAUAACAAAACAAGAAGCAAUGCUCGGAGCCCCCGCCAAGAGCUUAUUCCAAAUAACAAUGACAGAGCCAGCGUUAACUACCUUCGACAAGUCGCUUCUAAUCAAAGCACCGUGCAGCGGCCAAUUCCCAGAACUAAGGAAGGAACAGGCAGGCAACAACAGGGGCAGUCCUUUCCUUUAAUCACUGUCAGGGACACGCCAUUCCUAGGGAGAGAGAGAGAGAGAGAGAGAGAGAGAGAGAGAGAGAGAGAGAGAGAGAGAGAGAGAGAGAGAGAGAGAGAGAGGUUGUAUGCCUAACCUUCCCUUCCUCGAAUUAACGAUAGAGGAAGAGGAAGCGAGAAACUUCGUCGACCAACUCCAUAAUGAAGCAAACAAAGCAACUGAAACGGGUUUCUGUCGCUACUGCUGAGGAUGGAUAGAGCCUGAUGGCGGUUGUGGCGAAGGAAGCGCUCCUGCUGAUGGUGAUGAUGUUGGAGAUUGUACUCUUUCCGCCUCCAUCUCUCGUCUCUGCUAAAGAGGAAGAAAACAGAGAAUUCUGGUACUCCCAAGCUAAAGCUCAGAUGGAAGAGCUCUUCGAAGGCCGCAGAAAUUCCAAAGGGUACGCAAAGAACGUCAUCCUUUUUGUGGGGGACGGGAUGGGCCUCUCUACUGUCACUGCGGGGAGGAUUCUCAAAGGGCAAAGGCUAGGACAAAGUGGAGAAAGAUACCGGCUUUCCUUUGAGAAAUUUCCCUUCGUUGCAUUGGCUAAGACGUACAACCUAGACUCUCAAAUAGGGGACUCAUCUGCUUGUGCAACUGCUCUCAUGUGCGGGGUGAAAGCCAACAUCAACACAGUGGGUCUUGACCAUCGAGGAAUAUUUGAGGAUUGCAAAUCCUCUUACGCGGCCGGUGUUCCCUCUUUAGUAGACUGGGCUCAAAAACAUGGUAAAAGCACGGGCAUCGUGACAAACACCCGCCUGACCCACGGGACGCCUUCUGCGCUCUAUGCCAAAACGCCCUCCAGGUACUGGGAAGACGACACUAAAGUUCCCGUCGGGUCCCAGAGUACUUGCAAGGACAUCGCCAGACAACUCGUUGAAAACCAACCGGGGAGAAACAUAAAUGUCCUCCUCGGAGGAGGACGACGUCACUGGAUUCCUGAGACAGAACACGACCCAGAGGAGAAAGAGCAAAUAGGCCGCAGGGCGGAUGGGAUGAAUCUCCUUGACGCGUGGGUCCAUGACAAGAAGACGCGAGGUCUUAAUGCCGAAUAUGUCUGGAAUAAGGCUCAGUUUGAUGGAGUCGACCCGCGACACACAGAUUACUUAUUAGGUCUUUUCGGGUAUACCCACUUGGACUUCGAGGCUGACCGCAACCAUGGUCCUGAAGGAGAUCCGUCUUUAUCUGAAAUGACAAAGAAGGCAAUCGAGAUCCUUCGCAAGAACUCGGAAGGAUUUUUCCUCAUGGUGGAAGCUGGGCGAAUCGACCAUGCCCAUCAUCAUAACAAUGCCCGUCGGGCUCUGGAGGAGGUUGACGCCUUGGACGAAGCAGUCCUCACAGCUCUCAACCUGACGGAUGUCAAGGACACGCUUGUUGUCCUAACGGCAGACCAUUCCCAUGUCUUCACUAUAGGAGGACACAACACACCCAGAGGUCAUCCAGUCACAGAUGUUGAUGCAGAGGUGAGCGAUGUUGAUGGAAAACCCUACACUAUCCUCUUAUAUGGCAAUGGACCUGGUUACGCCCAUUCUACGCCCGCGGGAAGACAGGACUUGACCGAUUUCAAUACGCAAGACAUAAAUUUCGUGCAGCAAGCCGCUGUUCCAAAGAAGUAUGAAACGCAUAGUGGUGAAGAUGUUCCAGUUUAUGCUCAAGGGCCUGGAUCUUCUCUAUUCUCUGGCAUCAUCGAACAGACAUAUAUUCCUCAUGCCAUUGCACAUGCGUUAUGUAUCACUGAAGACAACAGCCAUUGUGGUAAAGAAUCUGACGAUGCGUGUCCGUCUCUUCCAGCGUCGCUUCAAGGAAAGGGUAAAGAUCAAGAGGUUUCCCUCCCUCCUUUAAUAGACAUUCAUUCUGUUUAUGAUAAAGUCGCCGUUCACUUACCUGACCAGGACUACAAUUCUUUAGAAAAGCAUGAUCCUAGGACCGCCUACGAGCCAUUUCCUAUCCAGGAUUCUCCUUCGAAUUCCCUCAACUCAUACCCAGGGCAUGCGUUAGCCUCUGCCCAUGAGCCUGAAUCCGACUAUGGCAGAGCUCCUGUUUUUGUCCCUGCUCGACAUUCAGCCCCCGAUGCUGAACUGCAGGCCACGUCAAAGUCCAGCACUAUCUCGAACCAGUACUCUGGGUCUAACUCUUACUCAGAUAUUAACAACAAUGGUGCUCAUGAAGACCCAAAACAUUUUCCAGCCCACAGUCCAAUCCCAGCGGACGAACCAGUCGUAGGCCGAUCACCGAUUCAAGAAAGAAAUCAAGGCCGCGAUCUCCCAACAAUCCACGAAUCUCCCACAGCAUUGGAUCCAUAUACAGGCCAGGACUCAAUUUCUGCAGAAGUCACUAACUCAGCACCAGCAGCAAUCCCUAUUCCAGCAACAACUUCAAGACGACCACUAAGUCACACUACCCCAGCUACGGAAGACUUUCAGAGGUCCACGGAUCCUUGGACUUCACGCGGUGUUAGUGAAUCGCUCAAUUCAAGAAAUAAUAGUCACAGACUUCUAACUAUCUGUGUUAUGUUUUUAUUAACCUUUCUUCAAAUAGAAAUAAAAUAUUUUCUUUUUGUAAUUUUCCUUUGAAUAAAGAUAGGAAAAGAUUUAACUAUAUUCUGAAUCAAGAUGUGUUAGUCUACAUAAAAAUACAUACAAAGAAACUAAUAUUAUUCACAAGAAAUAUUCUAAAUAGAUAUCAUAUUCAGAAAUAGCAUUUUGUAGCUCAA